GUCUUUAAAAAGUCUACAAGUGAAAAUGUGAAAAGAAGACAACAUGGCGACUAGAAUGUUGAAGCGAACCGGCCUUUCAAACGAUGUAUGUGAGCAACUUAAACGGCAUCACAUAGAAAGUUGUAAGGACCUGUUGUCUCUGACUCCUUUAGAAGUGAUGCACGUUGCAUGCCUGAGCUACCAAAGAGCUAUUGAGCUGCUGCAGUCAGUGAGCAAAGCUGUUGCACCGCCAGUAACCACGGCUCUGGAGCUGUGCAAAAAACAGGCCUGUUUCUCCACUUCCUUGCCUGCUUUGGAUAAACUUCUGAGAGGGGGCCUUCCCUGUGGGACAAUCACUGAGGUGACAGGGCCCUCAGGCUGUGGGAAAACUCAGAUAUGUUUAAUGCUGAGUGUUCUGGCCACCAUGCCAAAGAGUGAGGGUGGCCUGGACAGCGGUGUGAUCUACAUCGACACUGAAUCCGCUUUCUCUGCUGUGAGGCUGGUGGAGAUCGCACAGAGCCGGUUCCCAGACUACUUCAACUGCAGGGAGAGAGUCCUAAACAUGGCUGGGCGAGUGCUUCUCUGCAGGGAUCUCACCUGUCAAGAUGUCCUCAACAGACUAGAUACACUAGAAGAGGACAUCAUCUCAUCAGGAGCAGGUCUCAUCAUCCUGGACUCUGUGGCCUCAGUGGUGAGAAAGGAGUUUGACACGACGUUGCCAGGUAACCUGAUGCAUCGCAGCGACCUGCUGGGUCACAAGGCCUCCACUCUGAAAUACCUGGCACACCAGUUCAACUUACCGGUGGUUCUCACCAACCAGAUCACAACUCAUUUAGGGGGUCAUGGAUCUGAGGAUGCUGGGUUUGUGACAGCGGCUCUGGGUAACACCUGGAGCCACAGCGUCAACACACGUCUUAUUCUCCAGUAUGUGGACUCACACCAGAGACAGAUUCUGAUAGCCAAGUCACCUGUGGCUCCAUUUGCGGUGCUGAACUACACCAUUGAGAAGCAGGGAAUCUGUAUGGAUGGAGACGACAAUCAGGAGACCUUGUAUGAGGGCACAGAUCCUGGACUACAGCCAAUCAGGGUGCAGACUGGAUUCACUUAUAACCUUACCCAGCCUAUGUGACCAAACACUGUGACCCAUGUCAUGUGUAUGUGUCUGCAAAUGGUUUGUUAUUGUUUUAUGGAGAGGCAAAUAGAAAAACAUUUGUAUUUGAAUAAACCCAAAACAAGAUUU